UAUUUUCGCCGAAACCAGCACAGGUUGUAUACUUGGCGGUAGUGCCCUGGGCAAGAGGGGCGUGCAUGCAAGUGAAGUUGCCAACAAUGCUGUCAAUGAAAUAGUUGAGUCAAUAAAGAGUACUGCUUGUGUCGAUCAGUAUAGUCAAGAUCAGAUAAUAAUUUUCAUGGCGCUGGCUGCAGGAAAGUCUAGAGUACGUUGUGGACCAAUUACCCUCCACACCAAAACAGCUAUACACAUAGCUGAACUUUUAACAAAGGCAAAGUUUUCUAUCGAGAAUGUGGACUCAAAUGUAAAUAUAAUUGAGUGUGAGGGAAUCGGUAUGAUAAACGAAGAUAUUUAGGUGAAAUCUGGCAUCUGGAGGGAGCCUAAUAAGCAAAGACUUUUCGAAGAUGAUAAUUGAUAAGAAGUCUUCAUUGGAACAGUGAAAAGCUCUGAGAUAGGAACUACGAAAUAAUAUUUAAAAAUGAAACGAUAACUCAAAUCAUAUUCUUGACUAUUUACUCAUUAUAUAUUCAUUUUUCAUUUGUACAAAAACUAUUAUAUUGAUCAUCACUUUGUUUUUUAGAUCAAUUUGUGAUUGUGUCUAUCAGCUUUUUUGUUAGCUAUCAUGUAUUUAUUUGUAGGGUAGCUAUCAUGUAAAUAUUAUUAACUUAUUCAGUUUUCAAUAAAAGUGUGAAAAAUUU